ACGUCAUGUUCUGCUUUGCAUCGUGCCUCCUUCCUCGAGCUUCCAUCGGCAGCAAGGGUUUACGGCGGUCUGUAGGGAUUUUGCCUGCUCUACUCCCGCUCUCUAAGUCCUCCUCCGCCUCCGGUCCUCUCCCUCCGAGACGCCUCUUCUUCUUCUUCAAAUGGCGAUCGGCUCCAUGCUCCUCUCGAGGAUGGCUAGGUCCAGGUCAUUGACCCACGCCAUCUCCUCCGCUCUGCCCCAGGUUUCUAAGCUUCCGAAGGCUCCAAAUGGUAUGUCUCCUCCAACUCAAAGUUGGCCUGAUGCUGGUGCAAGAGCAUUUAGCUCAAAGUCGGCAAGUGCAGAUGUAAUCGGCGUCGAUUUGGGUACAACAAACUCUUGUGUUGCUGUCAUGGAUGGAAAGAGUCCCAAGGUGAUUGAAAAUGCAGAAGGUGCAAGGACGACUCCGUCAAUCGUCGCCUUCAAUCCGAAGGGUGAACUUCUGGUGGGCACUCCAGCAAAACGCCAAGCGGUGACAAACCCAGCCAACACUUUAUUCGGUACCAAGCGAUUGAUCGGAAGAAGGUUUGAUGACGCCCAGACACAAAAGGAACUGACAAUGGUGCCAUAUAAAAUUGUCAAGGCACCAAACGGGGAUGCUUGGGUUGAAAUGAAUGGACAGCAAUACUCCCCGAGCCAGAUUGGUGCAUUCGUGCUCACCAAGAUGAAGGAAACCUCAGAGGCUUUUCUUGGUAAAUCUGUUUCGAAGGCUGUCAUCACUGUUCCCGCCUACUUCAACGAUGCACAGCGCCAGGCUACAAAGGAUGCAGGGAGAAUUGCUGGGCUUGAAGUCCUUAGGAUUAUCAAUGAGCCAACUGCAGCUGCACUUUCCUAUGGAAUGAACAAUAAGGAGGGUUUGAUUGCUGUCUUUGAUUUGGGCGGCGGUACUUUCGAUGUCUCCAUCCUGGAAAUCUCCAAUGGGGUAUUUGAGGUCAAGGCUACCAACGGGGAUACAUUCCUUGGUGGGGAAGACUUCGAUAAUGCGCUGCUAGACUAUUUGGUUAGUGAAUUUAAAAGGUCAGAGAACAUUGAUUUGUCCAAGGACCGAUUGGCGCUACAACGGCUAAGAGAAGCAGCAGAGAAAGCAAAAGUGGAACUCUCAUCGACAUUGCAAACAGAGAUAAACCUUCCUUUUAUUACCGCUGAUGCUUCAGGAGCCAAACACUUCAAUGUCACAUUGACACGAUCUAAGUUUGAAUCGCUUGUUAACCAUCUGAUCGAGAGAACCCGGAUACCAUGCAGCAAUUGCCUGAAAGAUGCAGGCAUUUCAGCAAAAGAACUCGAUGAAGUCCUUUUGGUUGGUGGUAUGACAAGGGUACCCAAGGUUCAGGAAAUUGUUAGUCAGAUUUUUGGCAAGAACCCUAGCAAAAGUGUGAACCCCGAUGAGGCUGUUGCCAUGGGAGCUGCCAUACAAGGUGGCAUCCUGAGGGGUGACGUUAAGGAGCUUCUCUUGCUGGAUGUCACCCCACUCUCCCUCGGCAUUGAGACUCUUGGAGGGAUCUUUACGCGGCUUAUCAACCGAAACACAACUAUUCCAACCAACAAGAGUCAGGUCUUCUCAACUGCAGCUGAUAACCAAACCCAGGUCGGCAUCCGGGUAUUGCAGGGUGAGAGGGAAAUGGCUUCGGAUAAUAAGCUUCUUGGGGAAUUCAAUCUCACUGGCAUUCCUCCUUCUCCAAGAGGCAUGCCCCAAAUAGAGGUCACCUUUGAUAUCGAUUCGAACGGGAUCGUGAAGGUCUCGGCCAAGGAUAAAGCAACAGGCAAAGAGCAGGAAAUCACCAUCAGAUCCUCAGGUGGGCUGUCUGAAGAGGUGAUAGAAAAGAUGGUAAAGGAGGCAGAGAUUCAUGCUCAGAAGGAUCAGGAGAGGAAGUCACUGAUCGAUAUCAAGAACACUGCAGACACUACAAUUUACAGUAUCGAAAAGAGCCUUGGGGAGUUCAGAGAUAAGAUUCCCCGGGAGGUUGCCAAAGAGAUCGAAGACUCGGUAGCUGAUUUGAGGGCUGCAAUGAGCCAACAAGACAAUGCGGAGAAGAUCAAGGAGAAGAUGGAAGCUGCAAACAAGGCAGUCUCAAAGAUCGGACAGCAUAUGCAACAAGGUGGAGGUGGAGGUGGAGGAGGGUCUUCAGGUUCUGCAUCUGAAGCCGACUACAAGGAAGCCAAGAUGUAGAAUUUUGCUGCAUCAUUUAGAUUCUUAGGUAACAGAAACUCGUUAACUGGAAAAAUUUUGUGCGCUUGGAUAAAAAAAAAGAUGGGGGAGGGGGGGAGGCUGAAAUCAUGAAAGGUACUUUUCACUGCUAUAAUUUUUUUCUUUGUGUAUGUCGAUCUUUGAUCAAAUAUUGGCUGCUUAUAUUGUCACUUAAAAUCAAUGUUUCCCUCUCAAAUCUUUCUUCCCAAGUUUUCGAGUUCUCAUGGGACUGGUUGGCAUUGUCUUGACAUGUUUCUUUUGGCCUUAUUAGGAUCAAAAUUGGAUGCUCAAACAGCAAUUACUUGCA